CCCUCACACUGGUUUAGUGACAUAUGAAUUUAGCUUCCUUUUCUACAGCGUCAGGUCAACUGAUUUUCAAAAGGCGUGUUUCACAGUCGAGACUCGCACAUCGCAAUCUGAGUUCAUCAUGGCAUCAGAGGGGAAUCCUGUUUCUGGUGGUGUUACGUUGCUCCACACUGAAUGUGAAGGGAAACACUCAUAUGAAGUGAAGGGCUUUUUAAACUAUAACAAAGGAAUGUUCACAAGCAAGGGAGAUAAAGUCCUGAUGAUAAACAAUAGAAAUGUGGAAGAUUUGACUCCAGAGGCAUUUGCUGAUCUUCUGAUUGAUGGAUCUCCCUUACUUACCAUACAUCAUCCUUGCAAAACAAAAACAGAAGAGUGCGAAUCUGAGGAGCUUCGUGUCAGUAAAAAGGAGCCAACGCACCUGAGUUUCAGCCUGAUGAUGGUAAGAGAGUCUGUGCUGGAGGCGAAUGGGAGCCAGGGACCAUCACCUCCACAACCGGAGGGGGAAGACAUUGAGGACGACACUUUCGAUAAUGAAAAUUUGCUAAUUGUCUCCAUGGCCGAUACGAGCUUCAGUCUGGUUCUUGCUCGAGGCUGUGACCCUGACAACCCUUGCAACAACUGUGGAAAGACCAAUUGCAAAUUUAAUGAAGUUGUGGUCCUGCCUGCGAGCGCUGCCGUUACCUCUGGUUCUCCGAGGAAAUUGUGUCUGCUUAGACAAAGAGAUAAUUUGUAUAUUAAGAGUUUCUUUACGGAAAAGUAUGUCACUCCAUAUAAUCAUCAGAUAUGUUUGGAUAGCACCAUGUCAGCACCAAUCACCAUCUACUCUUAUAGGAGUAACACAGUGGACAGUCCAGGUACUCCUGUUGUGCUGAACUUCACAAACACAGAAAAUUUCUUCAGCUGCACCACAAAGAAAGGUGAAGAUACAAAGAUUUUAACAGUUACGCAAUAUAAAAAACAUGACCUGCAAACGAUCUGCGCUGAUGACCAAGAGAAAUGGUCCCUUGUAUUCUACAUGUCUUCUCAGGCAGACAAUCUCCGGCGGUUUGAGUCAGCUCUCUACAGAGGAUGGUUUGUCUACACAAAAAAUGUAGACCAAGUGGACAUGAAUAAAGAUGAACAGUACUGUAAACCCAACAACUUUUUUAUCAUAAUUCACUGUUAGAAAGGCUCAUGAUAGAAACCUGAUGGUUGUCAAUUCAUGACAUUUAAUUACUGGGAACUGUUCUCAAAUAUAAUGGUAAUUACAACCUAACCUAAACACAAUGAGUUGACCUUACUAUUUGAUUCAAGCUGACGUGACCAACCCUAAUGAAGCCUGGUGCCCCAAUAAAAAUGCAAAUAAAUGCUUUGGCUACUAAAUAAAUUGGUUGGAUACGUUUUUUAAGAGAAUUUGCAGGCCAAGCAUUGGUCAAAGGUUGCCUUAGAGAAUGCAGCCUCUUCCAAAGAAUGGUUUGUUUUACUGCCACUGCAGUGCAUCCCAUUUGCUGACAUAUUUUUUUUACCAUGCUUUAUUCAAAUGUUCAUGAGUGUUUUUUAUAUUUAUACUUUUAAGCUAAUAUUUUUUAAACUAACAUACAUUUUUUAUGCUAAUUUCUUAGUUACUUUUUACACUGUGAAACAAAAGCUUCUGCCUUACAUAUUUAAGUACCAUCAACUUGGAUGUUUAAGUAAAAAUUGCCGAGUUAAAGCAAUGUAAAUAGUGCUUAGAACAGGCGCGCUCAACUCCCAAACCGUUUAUGGGUGUGAGUUAUAAAGAAGUAAUGUAAAGCUAUGUAAAAACAUAUGUUGUCAUAAGUUAUUGAUCAUAUAAUUCUUUACAGUGUAUGCUGUUUUUAAAUCAUUGAAAAGAAAUCUUUGCAAAACAUAUAUUGUAAUUCAUGUAUUUAAAAUAUUCUUUUUCUGUAAGCUACUAACAACUUUGAACAGUUGCUACAUUAAUGUAUAAUUUAUCAUUUUGUGUGAUUAUGUAUUAUGUAUCUUCUAUCAAAUCUCAAUAAAAUAAAGUUUUGAAUCAAG